AUGGCCGAUGUAGAGAGUGCAACCAAUGCGCCGCAGCCCGAUCGGCCGCGCAAAAGGCGCCGUCGCACGAUGGCCUGCACGCAAUGUCGCAGUCGCAAACUGCGCUGUGAUCGCGAGUUUCCAACAUGCACCCGUUGCUUGAAGAGCCGAACCCCGACUAAAUGCACCUACGAAGAUGGCUUCUUGUGGCAGCAGCCCACCACCGUGACCGCAGCGGCAUUCGCUUCGGAUCGAGGAAAUGGGAAUUCUAUCAUCUCCAUGCCUCCCCGGACCGAGCAGACGGAGUUUAUUAAUAUUGAGACUCCCCCAGAUUCGGGGCUCGGAGCAGCGUCGACUCGGUCGGAAGCUCUCGUUUCGACCAUUGCCCCCGAUUCGGGCCCAACUGCUCGUCCAGAAGGUGGUCCACACCACAGGGGACGGCAUUCGGGGAAGGAGAGGGGGUUUCUCGAGACGGUUCUGGGCGCUCCCAAGGCAGCUGUCAAUCAGGAGCCGUACGUGAAUACCGGCCUCUUGCAGCGGCCGAAACGUCCCGCACCGGAAGAGUCCCUGCCUUACUCAACGCCGAUGGACCGUGGAGAUGGUGGUGAUGGAGAAGUCGAAGAUGUUCUGUCUCCGUCGCACCAGUUGGACCUUUCACCCCGCAUGAUGAUGAGAGGUCGUGAGACCAAGACUCGCUUCAGUGGGUCGGGCAUUUAUGCUAAUGUGGUUGCUCAGUUUCCUGACAUCAGAGCCUUUGCCGAAGAAAUUCGCUUGGCCAAUCCAAUCCUCUCACGGGUGCGACCCGAUCUGGAGAGGGUAAAACGGGGACUGUGGAAGCGCAAGCCGCUCAAUGAGCCCUUUCCUGAACCCACGAUUGCUUCUCUUGUCUCGCUCCUGCCAGCACGCCCAGUAGCCGAUGAGCUGAUCGGGUUCUACUUGACGUACAUCGAGUCCACAUAUCGCAUCUUUCAUGUCCCGACAUUCCUCCAAGAAGUGGACGAGUUCUGGAAUUUGAAGGACAAUCUCAGCGCCAUCUCGGCCGGAUUUGUCGUGCAACUGCUCUUGGUGCUUGCGUGUGCUUGGAAUCUGGCCGAUGUGGCUAGUCUACAAGAAAAGAGCGCUACGCCGCUCAAAUGCUAUACUGCAGUGGAAUGGGUGUUGCAUGCAGAAAAGUGGAUCGACAAUGCGCAUAUCAAGCGGCUCGAUGUUACUUCUCUGCGGCUCUAUAUCCUACUGAUCAUGGCACAAAAUUGCUUCGGCAUGAAACGCAGUAAGGCGUGGCUUUCCACAAGCAUCUUGGUCAAGCAAGCAAUGCUCUCCGGCUACCACAGGGAUCCUGACAAGUAUGCCCGGAUAUCGAUCUUUAAUAAGGAGAUGCGCCGGCGCAUCUGGAUGACUAUUGUGGAAUUGGAUUUGCAAGUGGCCAUUGACCGAGGCAUGCCGCCUUCGGUGCAGACUUUAGAUUACGAUACAUUGCCUCCUCUGAACAUUGACGACGACGAGAUUCAUGAAGGAUCCGCUGAGACUCCAGCCGACCGACCACUGAGCGACAUCACAGAUUCAUCUUUUCAGAGUGCACUGGGUCGAUCUCUUGCUCUCAGACUCAAAGCCUGCCACUUGAUGCACUCGCCUCGGAUCAGUUGUCGAUAUGAAGAGAUUCAGCGCUUAGAUUGGGAAUUAAAUCGGCAGCUUUCUCGGAUCCCUCAGUGGAGUUCCACGGAUCCAAAUGAUAUCGUUACCCAGCAUAAGACCACGCUGUGGAAAGCCGCUAUUGAGACGAAGUUGGCGCAAAGUCUUCUCUCUAUCCACACCCCAUUUGCCAUUGAAUCACGACGAGAGCCGCUCUUCUCACCCUCGGCACGGUCUCGUCUAGAUGCCGCGGCCAUGAUCCUCUCGACCCAGAAGCGGCUUCAUGAUACCUCAAAGCCAUUAUCAUUAUGCAUGCUCGGCGAAUGGACACUGCAGGCUUACGUAUCAAUCUGUCAAGUGCUCCAUACCUCAGAUCAUCAAAAUUCUCCUUCCUCACACCCUUCAUCCUCCAUAUUCCUCCUGCACACUCUACCCGGCCUUCCAGACUCACUUCUCUCUCUCGUCGAGACAGCACUGAUCUGCCUCGAAGGCCGCUUCCUGCUAGUGGUGAAGGGAGCAAAAGAUUACUUCUUUCUAUCCACCAUCGUGGCCCUGGUCAAGGCCAAGCUCUGGCCUACUCAGGCAGUUAUGUACAAACAGCAAGUAGUCGAGCGAAUCCUGUCAUUCGCGCAGACGCUUUUCUCUCGGCAUGCGAACUGCGAGCACCUGGGAAAGCCGGGGAUGGGCAGUUUCCAAAAUAAUCAGGUUGCUUCGUUUAUCGCAACUCCUGGUAUGGCGCCGGCACUUACCUCGGACUUUGACGGAAUGCUUCCACCUCCAAAUCUCGGUGUUACGCCGCCUGGCGAUUUUGAUCCUUUCUUGGAUGUGUUCGACUGGGAAGAUUUGACGGGGAUUGCCCUCGGCAACUAG